GCGCUGAUGUUCAACAACGAACUCAUGGCCGACGUUCACUUCGUCGUGGGCCCGCCAGGGGCGGCCAGGAAAGUUCCUGCCCAUAAGUACGUUUUGGCAGUUGGUAGCUCUGUCUUCUACGCUAUGUUUUAUGGCGAUCUCGCAGAGGUCAAAUCUGAAAUCCAUAUACCAGAUGUGGAACCUGCAGCCUUUCUAAUCCUAUUAAAAUACAUGUACAGUGAUGAAAUAGACCUGGAAGCCGACACGGUGCUGGCCACGCUGUACGCCGCCAAGAAGUACAUCGUGCCGGCGCUCGCCAAGGCCUGCGUGAAUUUCCUGGAGACCAGCCUGGAGGCCAAGAACGCCUGUGUGCUGCUGUCCCAGAGCAGGCUCUUCGAGGAGCCCGAGCUGACCCAGCGCUGCUGGGAGGUCAUCGACGCCCAGGCGGAGAUGGCUCUCAGGUCAGAGGGCUUCUGUGAGAUAGACCAGCAGACGCUGGAGAUCAUCGUCACGCGGGAGGCACUCAACACCAAGGAGGUGGUGGUUUUUGAGGCCGUUCUCAACUGGGCAGAGGCCGAAUGCAAACGGAAGGGCCUGCCAGCCACGCCGCGCAACAAGAGGAACGUACUGGGGAAAGCUUUGUACCUGGUGCGGAUUCCCACCAUGACUCUGGAGGAGUUCGCCAAUGGAGCCGCCCAGUCCGACAUCCUCACCCUGGAGGAGACGCACAACAUCUUCCUGUGGUACACGGCGGCAAACAAGCCCAAGCUGGAGUUCCCGCUGACCAAAAGGAAAGGGCUGGUGCCUCAGCGCUGCCACCGCUUCCAGUCGUCCGCGUACCGCAGCAACCAGUGGCGGGACCGGGGGCGCUGCGACAGCAUCCAGUUCGCCGUGGACAAACGGAUAUUCAUAGCGGGGUUGGGGCUGUACGGCUCGAGCUGCGGCAAGGCGGAGUACAGCGUCAGGAUCGAGCUGAAGCGCCUCGGCGUCGUCCUGGCACAGAACCUCACCAAGUUCACCUCCGACGGCUCCAGCAACACCUUCUCUGUGUGGUUUGAGCACCCCGUGCAGGUCGAGCAGGACACCUUUUACAAUGUAAGUGCUAUCCUGGAUGGGAACGAGCUCAGCUACUUUGGGCAGGAGGGAAUGACUGAAGUGCAGUGUGGGAAAGUGACGUUCCAGUUCCAGUGCUCCUCGGACAGUACUAAUGGCACAGGAGUACAAGGAGGACAGAUACCCGAGCUCAUUUUCUAUGCAUGAUGCAUUUCACCCUGAUUGUAUUCAGUCCUGCCGUGGUGCACACUAAGGGAUUCUCAGUUGCCUCCGAACUCUGCAGCAGUUGGAAUGUUGCGCUACUCACCUAUCUGCUAUGUCAGACUAUACACAUAAGUGAAGGAAUGCUCUUGAAUUUAAUCUUAUUUUAUUUAUUCAUAAGCUAUUUGAGUUAAUUAUUGAGACUGCAACGAGCAGGAAAAUGUUAAAUUUUGCACUUACUGUGCAUCUUUUUGUAUAUAGAUAACUAACUCGCAGACUGCAACUGACUCAAACAGAAUGUUCUAAACUAGAGCAGUUUACGAAUCUGUGAAAUAUAAAACGUUUUUACUUGCCCUA